ACGUUUAUACUUUAAUUGCUGCAUCGGUUUUGAUUUGAUAAUUGAAAAUGCAUAGUGUGACGUAGAGUCACGUGGUCUCACUAUCAACAGUUCGUGUCGUCGCGCGGAGGGAGGUUAGAAUUCGGCGAUUACUUUUAUUGUUUUCGGCAAAUGAAUUGACAAAUGAGGAAUGGAAACUGAGUCAUUGAGGGGUUUUGAUUGUUUGUCGGCACGAUAGCGGUUCUCGCGAAGGUAAUUAACGUACAGUAUUUGAUUAAUAAUGCAAGUACACGCAAAUUAACGUGUUUCAGGCUAGAAUGGCCGAAAGUGUACACCUAUCGAUUCACAACUUGGCACUUUUCGGCCGAUUCUCGCGCGUUAAACUUCCUCGGAAAAUACGUGUUACACGAUUUCUGACGGUGAUAGAAUCCUCGCGAAAGAGACAUGUUUCUCCAAGUUGCGAAAGAUAUAUUGCGAACUCUCAUCGUUGUUUACAAGGAGUUUUCACUGGAGUCGACGAUAAAUGGAUUCAAACAUAUAAUCUUAGCAAAAACCAGACUGGAGAGGUUGAUUUGGGUGAUUAUUCUGCUAUUAUCCUUCUUGUCUGCCGGACAAAUGGCAAUUUUAUUCUACGAAAGGCAUCAAUCCGCAAGCAUGAGCACCUUGGUGAUCAGCACACAAUAUCCGACAUCCAUGCUGGAAUUGCCAGCAUUAACAUUGUGCCAUGGUGGUAUCGCGAUGACAUACAAAGUGGUUUCUUAUUUGACGUCGCAGAAGCGGAUAUACAUGCCGCGCGGGCUAACGCGUUCCGACUUCGAGCAGUCUCUCAGAUACUUACGGGAAGCGAUCUAUCCCAAAAAUCAUUUCCCUGACGAGCUGGAUCAACUGCAGCAGAUUCUCUCAGCGAACCGACUCUCACUGUUGGACCUCUUCGAGAACGUGAAUCCGAAUUGCAGCGAUUUCUUCCUGUUGUGCCAGCUCGAGGGACAAACUGUGCCCUGCUCGAGGCUGAUCGAGCCGGUGGUCACUUAUUACGGGAUUUGUUGCGCCUUCAACUACGAAUUUUCCUACGGGAGCUCGCAGAGAUCCACGAAGCUCUUGAAGCAACAUAAGAGCACGAAGGUCGGCUCGCACUUCGUCCUGUCGCUCCUCAUGCGUUCGUACCCGUUGAAGGACCACGCGGCCUCCAUCACAUACGGUGACGGCGUGAGGGUGAUCGUACAUGAGAGGAACACGUAUCCAUCGCUGAAGGCAGUGGAGUUCAUGGCCGCGGCAAGCCAUGAGACGAUAGCGCAAUUGGACGGCACUCUGUUAACUAGCACGUCCGACGUGCUGGAGUUGUCAGCUCGCGCACGGGGAUGUUCUACAAGCACAAGCGGGCCGCAGGAUCGGCUAUAUCGCUCAAUCAAUUGUCAGGUCGAGUGCCGCGACUCUGCCGUGUGGAAACUCUGUGGCUGCAUGCCCUUGUCAUCGGCACCCGCGGUGAACGCCGCGGAGCGCGCCAAUCAUCCCUGCGACCUCACGCAUAUUUCGUGUCUGGCACGGGCUGUAUUGCGGACGUACUCUGUAAUCGAACGGGAUCCACAAUGUACUUGUCUACCAGAUUGUGAAGACACCACAUACAGAGUAGUGCUCGCGACCGCACCUUUGAAUGCGGCGCAGUAUAGCCCACGACCGCUCUACAAGAAAGUUCUGCAAUACAAAAAUGUAACUGCACUUCACCUUACGUUUGCUGGGCAAAUGGCAAAGCUGCAGCAGCGGAAACUGGUGCUGUCGAACAUACAUCUCUUGUCAUCUUUAGGCGGCAUUUAUGGCUUGUUCUUAGGAUGCAGUAUAAUCUCAGUCAUUGAGAUAUUGUAUUUCUUCUGCAUCUCUUCAAUCAGCAAGUUUAAACAAAUCAGAAAGCAAAGGAACAUCAGUGAGAAACAUAAUUGAGAAUUACAGGGGAUCAAUGAUAAGGAUCAAUUUAAAAGAGGUGAUUCAAAUGAGAAACUGUAACAGUUAACA